AUGGAGCCAUUACUCUUUACCUUUUUACAUAUGGUAAUGGCCAUAAUCAAUUUUUCUAGGGGUAAUGGGACUACAUGUGUACUGCAAGGAGAACCUGCAUAUCCACAGAUAUGGAAGGAUGGUGAUAUCAUUGUCGGAGGUGCUUUCCCUUUUCAUAGUAAUUGGGAUAUCACAGAGUUGUCUUAUUCGGUCAUGCCGCAAAAAAUGCAGUGUGUGAGUCUUGAUUUCAGAGCCUUUCAGUAUUCACAAUCCUUGAUCUUUGCAAUAGAAGAGAUCAACAACAGUUCGUCUUUACUUCCUGGGAUAUCAUUGGGUUACAAGAUCUUUGACACCUGCAGUUCACCAACAUUGGGUGUUAAAGUAUCCAUGGCACUCAUUAAUGGAAAUGAGAAUUCAGUCUUGGAUGAGAUCUGCACAAAGCCAGCCCAGGUGCAAGCCAUAAUUGGCGAGACAUACUCUUCAGUGUCCAUGGCUAUUGCAAAGACUAUAGGACCUUUCAGCAUUCCCUUAAUCAGUCAUUACUCUACCUGUGAGUGUCUCAGUGACAAGAAGAAAUAUCCCUCAUUCCUACGCACUAUUCCGAGUGAUUUCCACCAGACCCGGGCCUUGGCAGAGAUGGUCAAGCACUUUGGCUGGACGUGGGUGGGAGCAAUAAGAAGAGAUGAUGACUAUGGUAACAACGGGAUGGCUGCAUUUACAGAAGCUGCAAAACAGUUCGGCAUCUGCUUAGAGUACUCCCUUCCAUAUUUUAGAACUUACUCAAAUGACAAAGUGCUGAAGAUCAUUGAGCAAAUCAAAAGCUCCACUUCUAAAGUGAUUGUUGCAUUUCUUGCUCACUGGGACUUGGAAAUCUUGUUGAAAGUAUUUUUCGAACACAACAUUACUGGAUACCAGUGGGUAGGAACUGAGGGCUGGAUCUCAGAUUCAGAACUAGCUGCAAAAGAUAAGCACCAUAUACUGAAAGGAGCCAUAGGACUAGCUAUCCCUAAAACAACAGUAACGGGCUUGAAGGACUUCAUUUUAGAUAUAAAACCGUUAAAGUCUGUUGGCAGUGACAUUUUUACUAAAUUCUGGGAAGCAUUGUUUAAGUGCAAAUAUGCAGUGCAAAAUAAUUCGAUGGAUUCUCCUUUGUGUACAGGAGAUGAGAAACUCUCUGAGAUGGAAAACACGUUCACUGAUAUGUCCUUGAUGCCUAUUUUCAGUAAUGUGUAUAAAGCAGUAUAUGCCAUUGCCCAUACACUGCAUAAACUUCUUGGCUGCAAACAAACAUGUUCUAUAAAGACGCAGCCUGAUCCAUUUACAUUUCUAGAAAAUCUCAAAAGAGUGCAUUUCAAAACCAAAGAGGGUGAAGAAGUGUUUUUCGAUGAAAACGGUGACCCCGCAGCAAAAUAUGAUAUAAUAAACUGGCAUGUAAAUAAUGAAUAUAAAUUUGUUACUGUUGGACUUUAUGACUCAUCCAUACCUGGUCAUGAUCGAUUAGCAGUAAAUAUGACGUCUAUUGUAUGGGCACACAAUGUUAACCAGGUUCCAAUAUCAAUAUGCAGUGAGAGCUGUCCUCCUGGCACAAGAAAAGCUGUACAGAAAGGAAAGCCUAUCUGCUGCUUUGAUUGCAUACCAUGUGCUGAAGGAGAGAUCAGCAAUAUCACAGAUUCCAUUGAAUGUAAUCAAUGCUAUCAGGAUCAUUGGUCAAAUCCUCAGAAAGAUCAAUGUAUCAUGAAGGAAAUUGAAUAUUUAUCCUAUAAGGAAACGAUGGGAAUUUUGCUGACGGCUGUUUCUAUUAUCGGUGCAUUUAUGACAAUGGUAAUAGCAAUCAUAUUAUUUAGACAUAAAAAUACCCCAAUUGUCAAGGCCAACAACUCUGAGCUGAGCUUCCUGCUUCUCUUCUCUCUGACUCUGUGUUUCCUUUGUUCACUUACUUUUAUUGGUCAGCCCACUGGUUGGUCCUGUAUGCUGCAACACACAGCGUUUGGGAUCACCUUCGUCCUCUGCAUCUCCUGUGUUCUGGGGAAAACGAUAGUGGUGUUAAUGGCCUUUAGGGCUACACUUCCGGGCAGUAAAGUCAUGAAAUGGUUUGGGCCUCCACAACAACGACUUAGUGUUGUAACUUUCACUCUAAUACAGGUCCUUAUUUGUGUGCUUUGGUUGACCAUAUCGCCUCCUUUUCCUUUUAAAAACCUAAAAAGUUACAAGGAAAAGAUUAUUCUAGAAUGUCAUUUGGGCUCAACUAUUGGUUUUUGGGCCGUGCUGGGUUAUAUAGGAUUUUUAGCUAUUUUCUGCUUUAUAUUAGCUUUUCUGGCAAGGAAGUUGCCUGAUAAUUUUAACGAAGCCAAAUUUAUCACCUUUAGUAUGUUAAUUUUCUGUGCUGUUUGGCUCACUUUUAUUCCAGCGUAUGUCAGUUCACCUGGAAAAUUCACAGUAGCAGUAGAAAUAUUUGCCAUUCUAGCAUCAAGCUUUGGCUUAUUAUUCUGUAUAUUUCUUCCAAAGUGUUAUAUAAUCAUACUGAAACCUGAAAAAAAUACUAAAAAACAACUUAUGGGCAAAGCAUAA